AUGCCUCCCCAAUCGUCGGCUCAGAAGGCCGCUAUUGCCAGCUUCGUCUCGAUCACAGGAGCGUCAGAAAGAAUCGCCACCAGAUUCCUUAAGAAUGCCGCUUACAAGCUGGACGCAGCUAUCGAUACGUACUUCCAGUCCACUGGUAGUAGUGGUGCCGGGAGCGCGUCUGUUGCAAAUAAAGAAGCCCAGCUCACUAAGGCCUUUGAUAGCCUGAGAAAUGAUAAGGAAGACACGAAAGACGUUCUCGGUGCGGAUUCGUCUAUGAAGUACCUGCAGUCACUUGGAGUCAAUAUCGAAGACGCAUCGCUUUUCAUCGCCAUGGAGCUGUUUCAGGCGCCCAGCAUUGGUGAAAUUCCGCGAGCUGGUUUCGUCAACGGCUGGAAAGAAGCUGGGGUCGAUGCCAAACCAGAAGCCCAAAAGGCGCACUUCCGGCGCCUCAUUGCCUCGAUGCCCAAAGAUCGCGAGCUCUUCCGCAAAGUCUACCGUUAUACCUUCGUCGUUGGCAAGGAAGGAGACCAACGAUCUCUGACCCUAGAUAACUCCAUCAUCUACUGGGACAUGCUCUUCAAGGAGCCCGGCCAAGCCUGGGUGGGACAGUCUGGCACCAAGUGGCUGGACGAGUGGUCAACUUUCUUGCGUGAGAACUGGGAGCGCUCGGUCAACCGCGACAUGUGGAACCAGACGUUGGAGUUUGCCUUGAAGAGCAUCGAGGAUGAAUCGCUCGGCUUCUGGAACGAAGACGGUGCCUGGCCCGGCGUCAUAGACGACUUUGUCGCGUGGUACAAGCGAAAGUCGGAGAUGGACGUUGACGCUUAG